CGAGUAACCGGUGCCGGCGCAACGUUGCGUCUUCACGCUCCCGGCUAUAUAGGCCUGUGCACCAGACGUCUUUCCUUUCAAAUUAUUUUCAAUUCGAUUUGAUUUUUUUUCUAUCAGCGAAUUUGAUCGAUUUGAGAAAAUAGAAACGUGAAAACGUGACGAAUUAGCCGAGUGAAGUGCGGAUUGACCGGAAGUUGCCGUGCUGCGGGUGCUUGUACACGAACUGCUGUAUUUUGUUUCAUUUUCAAAGGGAAUUAUUAUAUAAAAGAUAAGGGGAAAGUUUGUUUUUCCAGUGUUUGCGUCGAUGUGUUUCCCGGUUAUAAUAAAAUAGGCCGCAACAGAGAAGAAGUUGCUGUUUUGUAUCUCUCACGUCCAUCGCGUCCCGUCGGGCCCCCGGAAGAGGAUCCUGAAAAGAGCAGCAGCAAGUCCCGAGAGAGAUGAGAUGGCGGCCAGGAUCGGGAUCGGCUCAGGAUCGCCGUGAUGUUUCGAGUUGAAAUCAAAGCCGCGCUGCGAUUUUUCGGUUUGGUGCGACGAAUCAUGAGCUCAACAACAGCCAAGGGAAUAAAGCGUGGCAACAAUAAAAGAAUCAGAUCCUGCGUCGUCAUUGGCGACUUGUGGGCAACAAGGAUCACAUCCAGUCGGCUCUUUUAGAACGUGUAAACAUCCGGGCCGGCAACUCUCUUUGUGGUUUCUUUCAACGGCCAGUGUGUGGCGGGAAAUUCUUAAAAUACAAAAACAAUUUUGAACUAAACGUCGUCUGCUAAAGUGAACCAAAAUGGCGGACAUCAGGAGCCAUCACCACCAGCAGCACCAGAGAUCCAUGUCGGUGCGUGAGCGGGAUCAUCAGGUGAUGCACCAUCAUCCAAGGGACCACCAGCAACUACGUGGGGGUAAUAGACGUGGGUUGGAUAGGGGUGGUGGCUACCACCCGUCAGGAGCUUCGUUGGCUCCUGACACGGACUCGUGGUGGUACAAAGUGAAGGAAUUUACGCGCAAACUGAUCGCUUUCCUGUUCGGCCACGUGGGCAUUUGCGGCCUGGUGGUGGGCUACAUCAUCAUGGGGGCGUUCGCCUUUAUGGCCAUCGAGUCGGAGGACCAGAAGCGCCAAUACGCCGACGUGGAGCGGGUGCGCGAGGCCACCAUCCAGAACCUGUGGAACAUCACGCACGAGCUCAACGUCCUGUACCCCAACGAGUGGAACGAGUCCGUCUCCAUCGAGGUCCAGCUCUUCCAGCAGAAGAUCGUCCAGUUCGUCAUGGAGGGCUACGACGGCAAGAAUUACGUCAACCAAUCGCUAGUGGCCAGCAGAUCUCAAAUAACGGACGGGAGCGGAGAACCGACGCCCGGCGACGCUGCCACCACUACCGGCGCCUGGUCCUUUUCCGCCUCUUUCCUCUAUUGCCUCACAGUCAUCACGACCAUCGGUUAUGGCAACAUUGCGCCGCGGACGGUGAUGGGCAAAAUGGUGACGAUCGUCUACGCCAUGGUGGGCAUGCCGCUCUUCCUCCUCUACGUCUCCAACAUGGGCGACUUCCUGGCCACCUGCUUCCGAUGGGGUUACGUCAAUUUGUGCAAAUGCACCUGCUUCAGCCGGCCCGUCCAUCAUCACGCCCAGCGCGGGUCACGACGCAGAAUCAGCCAGAGAUCGGCGCCAGCUAAUACAGCCAGACCCGAUUUAACGUCCGUCCAGCAGCAGCAGCAAUACGAUCCAGUCGUUUCCAUCCACCAUCGACGGAUACCGGGCGGGCCGUCCGAUUUCGACGACGUCGAAUUACAUCCAGUGGGAGGAGGAGGUCCUUACGACGUCGUGUCCGUCCAUCAUCAUCAGCAGGCGGCUGCAGCUGCCGGGCCGGCCCAGCCGGAUUACCAGACGGCCACUGUGCCCAUCACCAUUUCUCUGACGGUGAUGGUGAGUUACAUGGUGGGCGGUGCGGUGCUGUUCCAGCAGUGGGAGACGGACUGGGACUACCUGGACGGCUCCUAUUUCUGCUUCAUCAGUCUGAGCACGACGGGCUUUGGCGACCUGGUGCCGGGCGACAAGAUCAACAGCUCGUCCGGCAUUGAGCUGUCGCUCAUCUUCUGCUCCAUGUACCUCAUCAUCGGCAUGGCCCUCAUCGCCAUGUGCUUCAACCUCAUGCAGGAGGAGGUCAUCGCCAAGGUCAGGAAACUCGGCCAGUCCCUGGGCUGCAUCAAGCCGGGCGAAGAAUAAAACCAACCAACCACCACCACCGUCCCUUUAAAAAAAUUUUACAAAAUUUUCAAUUUUCAAAAAAAGAAAAAUUUUGUUAAAAAAAAAUUUUUUUUUUUUUUUCUUUAAUUAAUUUUUUGUUGAAUUGUUUAAAAAAUGUUUAAAUGUUCUAUUACACACAAUCAACAACCCCACCGGCCACUUUUACGAUUUUUAA